UGUGUGACGGCAAGGCUGUUGGCUACUAACUGAGCAAUAAAGCAGGGAUAGUUGCCUAACACCUCCUUUCUGAGCAUAAGCCGCCCCGUGGGCAGGCCCAGUAAGUGACAGAGCUUGCUGGCUAAAAACAUGCAACCCACCACGCAGGCUAGCUCCAAAAGGGAAAUGCUCUGUGCCUUCCACCCAUCCUUUCUCUCCUUCCCAUUCCUGGCCGCCAUCGGCCCUUCCUCCUCUUUUAUCUGUCCUCCUGUUUCGAUGCCUGGCGCUGCGGUCAUGCCCAGCUGGAUAAAGAUCGUCCGCACGUCAGGCUAGCCUCUACCGUGGAUAUCCCAGCACUAAACUGCCUGCCAUUU